AUGGCCACUACAACAGCAGAGAAUAUAGCGCCGCUACAGAAUCUGCCGAGUGCAAAGGAGAAGCGAUAUGACCGGCAGCUUCGACUAUGGGGCGCCACUGGUCAAGUCGCCCUGGAAGAGACACAUAUCCUGCUCAUCAAUAACACGCCCGGCGUUACUGGAAUCGAGACUUUGAAAAACCUGGUGUUGCCAGGAAUCGGCGAGUUCACCAUCCUCGACUCUGGCAUCGUGGACAAGGCAGACUUGGGUGUCAACUUCUUCUUGGAGGAAUCAUCGCUGGGCAAGUAUCGCGCCGAGGAGACUUGUCGGUUGUUGAAGGAACUCAAUCCAGAUGUGAAUGGCAAUGCAAUCACAGAGCCACUGGAAUCGUGGGCGGUCAAAGACAAGAUCUUCACACCCUACACGCUCGUCCUCAUCGCCGCACCUAUCGACCCGACCACUUUUGGACUCAUCAAUGUCCAUCUACAAGCCCUCCAGAUCCCGACUUUCUAUUUCCACACGCUCGGCUAUUACGCCCACUUCUCAGUAUACCUACCCGAGGCCUUCCCCAUCGUCGACACCCACCCCGAUCCCACUGCAACAACCGACCUGCGGCUUCUCAAGCCAUGGCCUGCUCUGAUGGACUUCGCCAGACAAAAGACAGCGAACAUGGACAAGAUGAACGGCGAAGAGUUCGCACACAUUCCCUACGUCUGCCUCCUGCUCCACUAUCUCGACGAGUGGCAGUCUACGCAUGAUGGAAAACUGCCGGAAAACUACAAAGAGAAGACUGCCUUUAGAGCACUGGUACGAUCGGGCAGUGCGAGCGAGGAGAACUUCGACGAGGCUGUCGCAGGUGUGCUCAAGCUUCUCAACCCAGCGAUCCCUUCUUCAGAUGUUCGCAGUAUCCUCACAGCACCAGAAGCUACCAACCUUUCUGCGCAUUCACCACCUUUCUGGAUCGUCGCCAAUGCAAUCCAGCAAUUCUACGCCAAACACAAUGAGCUCCCGCUACCCGGUGCCGUGCCAGACAUGAAGGCGAAUUCGGAAACAUACAUUCAGCUUCAGAACAUCUACAAGACCAAAGCUCGCGAAGACUGCGCUGAAGUCAUCGCAACCGUUCGCAAACUUGAGCAAGAAACCGGUCGCUUGCCAGCAUUGAAGAUAGACGAGAAAGAAAUCGAAAACUUCUGCAAAGGCGCCGCGCAUAUUUCGCUCGUUCGCGGUCGACCUUUGAAGAUCGUCCAACCAGGACAACCCAUCACAUUUGGCGAUCGUGCGAAAUACAUUGUCCAACAAUUGACCAACCCAGAAAGCUUGGUGGGACUGUACAUUGCUUUCCUCGCCUGGGACGAAUUCGUCGCCACAGACACUACCAGUGCCAACAUCGCCGGAGGCGAAGGCUUGAAAGUCCCAGGCAGUGGCGCCGAGGACUUUCAAGUCGAUACCCUUCGCCUUGAGGGUAUCGCGCACAAGAUCAUUGAUGAUGUGAUCAAAGAAGCCGGAACCUUCCUCGAAGAUCCCGAGUACUCCAAAAUCAAAACCGGCGUGGCGAAGCUCUGCAUGGAACUCACUCGAGCGGGAGGCGCGGAAUUGCACAAUAUCGCUUCGUUGAGUGGAGGAUUGAUUGCUCAGGAGGUUAUCAAGGCGAUUACGAAGCAGUAUGUUCCUGUGGACAAUACGUGUGUGUUUGACGGAAUCACCAGUCGGUCAUGCGUGCUGCGCAUCUGA